CGGAAUGCUCAUGUCUUUGAUGUAUGCGACGGACUUUAAGUACGGUCGUCUAACCUUCAUAUGAUUGAAACGUGAAGAAGUGCUUACCUCCAUAUCGAUAGUGUCUAUAAAUGGUAUCAAAUUAAUACUGAGAAACCUUAGUUGCAGAUAUUGAUCUUAAAAUGUGUUCCCGUGGAAAAUUAGGCAUUAGUAUUUGAGUAUUUAUAGGAAAUCUUACAAAUACAGCAGAUCACUAACACAGUCAGCACCACGACAGUUUAGUAAAUUGUUCAUCCACACGGGUAAUAAUUGUAAACGAUUACGAAUGAUGACAGUAUGAAGUAACCUGGAUGUAACCGUAACAUUGAAUCACGGUAAAACGAUUAUAUGUAGUUUCACGGCUUUGUCUCGAAGAAGGUGGAUUUCGACUGGAAAGAGCAAUGAUGUCUGAACAAUCUGUUAGUCAGACUCAGACGGAAACUGUUUUGGAGACGGAUGUCACGGAUUCCGUAUCGCAGGAGGUGCCAACUGUCCGUUUACGGCUCAGAAAACCAAAGUCUGAUAAAAAAGUUCAGUGGACUCAGGGUACUGUGGAUAAUGAACAUAUGAAUAAAAAGAAAUCUAAAUGUUGUUGCAUUUAUGAGAAACCAAGAAAUUUUGGUGAAAGUAGCUCGGAAGACAGUGAUGAUGAAUGUGAACAUUGUAAUGGUCCCAAAGAUGCUCAUAAGAGAGCGUUACCACACAAUACAGAGACUUCUAAGGAAGCGAUUACUCCUAAUCCUGAAACAAUAGUAAAUGCAUCCAUAUAAACUUACAUUUAUGACUUAAAUAAUUUUUUCGAAUGAAGACAAAUGCAUUAUCUGUGUAUUUUAAGAAGAAGAUGGAGCAUAGGAAAUUUAAAUGAACAUAUUACAAUUUAUAAUGCAAUUGUAUUAUUAAUAUUGACACUACUGACGUUAAGAUUCUUGAAUCAGUGCUUCAAGUCCAGUUUUGAGCUUUUUUGAUUCUAAAUAAAAAGAUACUGGUAGGACAUAUCAUUAUUAAAUAAAAAGAGAAGAAAAAUAUGGAAUUUUAUUCUAAGAUCAAUUCUUGUUAUAUUAUCUAAUGUUUAUAUAGUACGUUAAAUUGAAACGAAUUUUACAAUAAUAACUAGUAAUCUUCAAAUUAUUAUAGCUGUAUAUAUAUGUAUUUAUACAUGUAUAUAUACGCAUGUCCUUUUGGUAUGAGUAGAAAUAUUCAUAGUUCCUAUAACAUAAUGCAUGCAUCCUGCUAUUUCCUUACAGUUUUGAAAGUAAUACUAUAAUACAAAACAAGUUGCGCCGUUAUCAAAAUUUGAAGCAGCUAAUAACAGUUUUAAAUGUACUAAAGAAAAUGUUAUACUUUAUGUAAAUUCUAAGAAAUUUUCCAUAAGUUUUGAUUAUCUAUUAUUUAUCUCUUUCUCCCUCUCUUUCUCUCUCUAGUAUAAAUAUAUUUCUUCUCUGAAAUAUUAGGUUCAUAUGUAUGUGUAUAUAUUAAAUAUUUGUAACAAGAAAUUGCUUAUUUCAUUACAAUAAUGUUUAACAUCUUGUAU